GUCUGUACUUUUAAUGCUCGUAUGCUGGCAUCUAUUGCAUCCAUUGAAGACCUUAUGGUACAAGCGCGAAAGAUCAAGUACGACAUCAUUGGUCUAACCGAAACGAGAAGACAUCAAUCCCAUUAUGCUGUUUUCGACACUGGAGAAGAACUGUUCCUUGGAACCUGUGAUAAAAGAGGCGUCGGUGGUGUCGGUAUCCUUGUCAACACAAACUUAGUCACGAGCAUUGAUUCAUUCGAAUGCCUAACAACCCGAAUUGGACGAUUACACUUGAAUAAAUGUGGCUCACUACCGGCAGUUUCUAUCCUUGUUGUCUAUGCACCAACAUCCAGUUAUGGUGAAAGAGAAACUGAGAAAUUCUACAUGGAGCUGGAGAAGUUCUAUAAAGAAGAUCACACCUUCUACAAGAUCAUUGUUGGUGAUUUUAAUGCCAAGAUAGGACCAAGAAGAUCAGCGGAUGAACUCCACAUCGGAACCCAUGGCCUGGAAUGGAACGAACAGGGUGACAGACUGUCUGAGUUCAUCAUGUCAACCAAAACCUUCCAUGGUAACUCACAAUUCCAAAAGGCUGAAUAUAAAUGUUGGACAUGGGAGUCUCCCGAUGGACAGUUCCACAAUGAAAUAGACCACAUCAUAUUCAAUCGGCGGUUUUGCCUAACCGAUGUUGCUGUUGUCCCAAAAUUCCAAACGGGAUCAGACCACCGUCUUCUUCAUGCAAAAUUCUACCUCACAGAACGAGGAGAAAAGAAUGCAAGGUUUAAGAAGAGGACUCCCAGAACAACCACCAACUGGGAGCUCUUUGGCUCUAUUGCGGCAACAUGGGAAGAUGCCGUCAUUGACAACAUUGAUGAGGAAUACGAUCAAAUGAUUCAGCACCUCCAUGAUUGUGCAAGGAAUGCCAAGAGAGAAAUCACCACAAAAAACUGUCUUUCUUCGAACACUCUUGAACUUAUUCGCCAAUGUGGCUUGGCACAUGCCUCAGGCAACCACAAGCGAACAUCCGAACUGGCAAAACAGUGCAGAGAAGCCAUCAAGGAUGACCUCAAAAACAGGAGAGCAGCAGUACUGGUAGAUGCAGCAGAAGCUGGGAAAAACAUUCGUAAUGCCCGCCUGUCCUUCACCAACUACAAAACCAAGAUGACUGCCCUCCGACAUCAUGAUGGAUCUAUCACAUCUUCCAGAAGGGCAAUGGAGAAGAUUAUUCAUGACUUCUACUCAGAUCUCUUUAAUAGCCACAUCCACUUGCCCACAUACCACAUACCACAUGAUGGAUAUGUCGUUCCCAAUGUUCUCCCUUCCGAAAUCCAACAUGCCAUCUCGUCGGUAAAGAAACAAAGAGCACCUGGCCCAGACAAGAUCAGACCUGAACACCUGAAGAACUUACCAUCACUACGAGCACAUCUCUUUGAUUCCACUAUUCUUCCUGCAUUAACAUAUGCCUCAGAGACCUGGACCCUACGAAAACAGGAUGAGAACGCUAUUCGGGUCUCUCAAAGAGGAAUCGAAAGAACUAUGCUUGGAAUAUCACUAUUCACUCAAAUGAGAGAUAGAAUCCGGAGUUCUGAUCUUCGUCAACGCUGAAGAAUUAGGGACGCUGUCUCAUUUGCCAAGACAUCAAAAAUCAGAUGGGCUGGACACGUAAUGAGGUUUACAGACAACCGCUGGACUAGAGCCAUUACUGAUUGGAUUCCACGGGACAUCAAAAGAUCACGUGGACGUCCACCUAUAAGAUGGUCAGACUUCUUCGUCAAGACCCUAAAUGAUCGGUUUGAGGCUCUGCAUGUUCCUAGAACGAACAGAUACCAUUGGGCUACGCUAGCACGCAACCGGGAUGAAUGGAGACGGUACUGGCACCCGCUCGAAUAAAUCGAUGAAUAA